AUGGCCUCAGCUCUUACUUGGUUCUUUUGGCUUUUGUCUGAAAAUCCUCAAGUGACGACAAUAAUUCGUGAAGAAAUCAACAAGAAUCUACCAAGAACCGGAUACGACCAAGAGAACUUGGACAAGCUCGUGUACUUACAUGCAACUUUGUAUGAAACAAUGAGGCUAUAUCCACCAGCUCCAUUCCAACGAAAGACUUCUAUAAAGCCAGACAUGCUUCCAAGUGGGCAUAAAGUGGAUGCAAACUCUACAGUCAUCUUCUUUCUUUACGCAAUGGGGAGGAUGAGAGCUAUAUGGGGGGGAAGACGCAUGGGAGUUUAUUCAGAGACGGGAGAGCUGAGACAUGAGCCGUCCUACAAGUUCUUUUCGUUUAAUGCCGGCCCAAGAACUUGUCUCGGUAAGCAUACGGCUAUGAUUCAUUUGAUGAUAAUAGUGGUGGAGAUAUUACAAAACUAUGACAUUGAGGUGGUUAAAGGACACAAGAUCGAGCCACUUCCUGGUUUUAUUCUUCAUAUGAAGCAUGGUCUUAAAGUCACAUUUAAGAAAAGAUGA